GACUCGUGCGCAUCGCAUCGUGAUGACCAAGUGGUGGUUGGUGGUUUUGUUCGCGGCGUCCGCGGCGGCGGCGGGUGGACGGUUGCCGCGCACGUCCCCGCCUGGGCCGCCGCCGACGCCCUCGCCGACCCGACUGCCGCAGAGGAAUCUCACCCUGUCUGCUAGAGCUUCAGUCAGAAACAGGGAGCAGUAUAUAUUUAACGUGUUUGAAGUCAUCGUCAGCACGUUAGAAACAAAGCUCCAAAGAAUAGAGAACUUGGACAAAGCCGUCGAACAUCUGAUGAGGAGGGUAGAAGCUCUUGACUCAAGAGUAAAUGACAAUAUCCACAAGACGGACGCAAUCAUCUCGAAACUAGGCAACCUGGACUUUAAACUGUUCAGCCACUUAAGCGAUGAUGAUGAAAGUUACACGGAACACACAACAAGAAGGCAAAAAGAAAAAAGAAUAAGCAUAAGUAAUUCACAAUUACUCGACAUGAAAUUAGAAUCGCUCGACCAAAAAGUAUCCGACAUCGAUUCUAAACUAGUAGGACUUAAAAACCAAAUAGAUAAUAACUUUUUGCCGGUAGAUGAUAUCAAUGCCGAGGCGAGUGAAAAGAAACCUAUCAAUCUGAAUGUGAUAGAGAUCGCGAAAGGUCUAAACUCGGAGGUUGUGAAUGAAAUUACGAAAGAAGUGGACCAGUUGCGGACGUCAAUGUCGACUGUAGAUCGUAAACUACAGUUCCACAUUAAUCUGGUUUCCGAAAACCUAGGCAAAGUUCUGUACAUGAUGGCAGAUGUUCACGCUGCUAUCGUGGAACCCGAGUCAGCUUCGAUUAAUGUCAAUUCAAUAUUCAAAAACAGAACGACUACAAGCACGCAAUCACCAGUUUCCAAAGCUAGCAAAAUAGAUACGCUCGUUAACAAAAUCAUCCCUAUGAUGAGCGUUUCAGAGAAAAUGGACGAGGUCUGGGACGUGGUAGUCGGCACGAAGAGCUCUGUAGACGACUUAGUGCCGAAAUCAGACGAGUUACUCACACAAACCCAACGCCAAGAGCGCGCCAUUGGGCAAAUCCACAACGACUUGAGAGUGAAGACGAAUUUGAUCAUUGAGAAUCUGGACAUGGUAGAAAAGAGAUUGAAGAAGCAAGAGGACGACGUGGCGACGCUAGCGCAGCGGCCGGUGCCGGCGGAGCUGCUGCUCGACCCCACGAUUGAUAGACUAGUGGAGUAUGCGCCGAAUCGUUACCGAGUGGACGAGCCGUCAACAGAACCCAGUACUAGCACAGCCGCAGCUACUACAGUACCACCAUCUUCGACAUUCAGCAACAGUCCGAGCGGGUCGAGCUCGAGCGCGACCGUAACAGUGACCCCGAGUGGCGGAGCCCCGACCAGCCCCCGGCCCGCCAGUCGCAAGGGCGGCAUCAUCUUCCCAAGCGUCAAGAACAAACCCAUCGUCGGCAACAACACAUUCGCCUCAGAAAUCGUCGCCAACUAUAAAGAUGUGAAAGGUUAUUCUUGUGUGGAUCUCCUGAACGCUGGCAUGAGAGAGUCCGGGGUUUAUUAUCUUCAAAUCAGAGGGACCACCUAUUGGUUCCUUAAAGUCUACUGCGAGCAGAACAUUGCUGAUGGCGGUUGGACUGUUAUUCACAGGCGUGACGAUUUCGGCGUCCCAGCUGAGAAUUUCAAUAGAGAUUGGAGUGACUACAAGAAUGGGUUCGGUGACCCCAGCAAAGAGUUCUGGCUCGGCAACGAGAACAUAUAUAUGUUGACCAACAACGACGACUAUAUGCUGAGGGUCGAGCUUGAAGACUUCGAUGGUAACAAGAGGUACGCGCAGUAUUCCCACUUCAAAAUCUACUCGGAAGCUGAAUACUACAAGCUGGAGAUAGACGGGUACGAGGGGAACGCCGGGGACUCCCUGAACGACCCCUGGUACGGGUCCAACAAUAGUCCCUUCUCCACUUACAACAGGGACAACGACCGGUCGUCUCUGAACUGCGCGUCCAUGUUGAAAGGUGGUUGGUGGUGGAAGUCGUGCGGGCGCGGCCUUAACGGCUUGUACCUACACGACCCGCAAGAUCUCACGGCAAGGCAGGGUAUUGUAUGGUUCCGCUGGCGAGGAUGGGACUACACGCUGAAGCGCGCGUCCAUGAUGAUUAAGCCGAAGGGUCUUCAGCCCAACACGUGAGCGAUCGCUCGCUCGCUCCGCUCAGUUCGCUCAUUACGUGGAUUCAACUCAAACUUGCCAUUUUAAUAGGCCUUCGUAUAUAUGCAACGCUGGCCUGUUGGGGUCAUUCGAUCAGAAAUGGGUCUAAUUGAGUUGGUUGCGGUGUCAAUAGGUACUGCUGAGUCUUGUGGCUCCGAAGCGGAUUCUUCAGCAUAAUUACAUCGCCACUGAUGUCUUAGUUUUAAACAUAUCAAACGUUUGAUAUAUUUAAAGUUGACAUGCACUUAAAUUAAAAUUGCAUUUUAUAAAUUCCUGUUUUUUCCACUGCUAGGCAACUUUUUUUCUGUCCUUUUCUUAUUUAGGGCAGGGAUUUAAGCUUAAUUGAAUAAACAUUUUAAGUGGAUAUUUUAUUUAAAAACAUAAAUAAUAAUUUUUAUUAAGCAAUUUUAACGAGCCACAUCUGAUAGAAUGAAAUUGAAUUGUAUAAUUAUCUCAUCGGGGCAACGUUGAUUUAAAUUGUGCGAAGGCCUUGCUCAGUACAGUCUCAUGCAAAAGUGAAAACAUCUUACAUUUUGUAAAUUAAGAAUGAAAGAAUGGUCGAAACAAAAACAUGAAAAUAAAUGAUUCACCUGUUUUUUAAAUUUCGAAAGCAGAUCCUUUAAAUGGUAAACAAUAGAGGACCACAAAUGAACCAGACGACCUAAAUUCGAAAUUUAAAUUCAAACUCAAUUAGCCAAGCAUUACCUUUUUCAUAUACGCAUAUGACGCCAUUGUAAAUUAAUAUAAAGAAAAAAAACAUACAAAAGCUUUUUGCUCGCGACUGUACAAGAUGACGGGUGACUUUGAACAUUGUUAGUUCGAGUGUUCGUCAUAGUGUGAAAGCGGAUAAUAUUUAUUCGGCGUAGGCGAAUAGACCUAAUUAUAGCAACAAUGCUACCAUUACGUAUCGGAUGAAUGUUCUUUAUACCUGUGAUAUUAAACAUUUUUUUUUAUGUGUAACAUCUGAUCUCUCGUAAAACGUGACGGAAAUAUACAACAACUAAUGUAAUCGAAAAAUCAAGAUUAGCAUUAAAUAAACUAAUUUAUGACAAUUUUUAUCAUCGUCAAUAAAUUGACAGAUUUCGAGAAAAAAAGAACGGCAGUGUACAACAAUAAAAUGUGGAUCAAAUUAAGUUUUUUUUAAGGCGAUGUCAGGCGUUACACAUAAAUUCGCGACCGUUCGCUUUGAAAAGCAACAUUCAAAUUAUAAAAGUACGCAAAGGUAGCCGUGAAUCCAUGUAAUGAACAACAAUAAGCUAAGUGCUCAAUAAACGUAUUACUUCGAUAGAUUCAGCAUUUAUUUUUACUAGAUGAGCUUAUGAAAUUAUAUCUUUUUAUUUUUUGAUUACAUAAUCAGAAUGACAAAAUUCUCAAAAACAUUAUAAGCUCUUAGCGCCAUGGCUCUGAGCGAUGCUUUUAAAUUAAUUAGCUCAACCACAGAAAUCGGGAUCAACUUUUUAUUUUAUGAGAUUAAUGAAUCAAAAUCCGCUGACAAAUAUCAGCGGAAUUAAGUACAAAUACAUGAACGCCACGGAGUGCGCAAAAAUGUACAUUUUAGCUCAUCUAAGUACACAUCAAAUGCUCAAUCUAUUUUGUAAAUAUAUUCCUCAUCGACCUAGAUUGGGAUAUGGGAUGCAUAUUAAGGCAAAAUCAUACAAAUAUUCGUUCGAUUCAUAUUCGGAAAUUUUCGAUUAAAAAUUAAUAGCGGUCUCCAUAGUAGGCCGACAUUUCGAACAGUGCAAAACACAUAUUAUAUGCAUCCGAAUAUCCUUUCUUUGUACGGUUGCCAUGAAUUUGCUUGGUCUAUUGCUUCGAAAUUUAAAAAAAAUCAGCGUACAGGUGCUAAAGUUCCAAUAUUGAAUAUAAUAUACCAGCAGUGACGAAAAAAAAUUGCAUACACGUCAUUGAUAGCCAGUGUCUAUGUUAUAAUGGCUCUUCUAAGUAAAACUCAUGGGAACCGCACUGGUCAUUAAAAAAAUUAUAACGAACCCCGUUCUCUCGCUGUAAAUAACUUACGCCCAUGCCACAUAAAUCACCAAAUUCAUUAAUUUAUUACUCAUUUUAACCUUUACACCAUGGAUUUGUUAAUUUUUGUUAGGUUUACUUUAGUUUAAGUAUUAAGAUGUAAAUAUUUAUCUCUUAUUGAAUAUCGUUGGGAUUUGAAACGAUCAUUAUCUUGCAUGCUCGGUGUCAUUUUAACUAAGUAUUUGAGAUUAUAUUUAAUAGGGAAAUUUGACAGUUACAUAUAUGUCUAUAAGACUACAUAAUAUACUCAUCUAGAACAAUGCCACAGAUGAAUAAAAUGUAUAAUAUUUGGAAUUUUAUACAUUUUAUUUGCCUUAUAUUGGAGUUCUUCCAUACUUUGUUAGUGUUUUAUGUAAUACGAUAUACAUUUUAAUAGUAAUCGAUCCAAUGUUAGAUGGAAUGUUUUGGAUGUCAACGAAAAUGAUAGAAAUGUGUGAAAUCUCACCGAUGGUAGGAAAUAAUUGAAUAUUGUCUUCUCCUAUGGCUCCAGUUGAUGUUAAGGUAACUACUUACGUAAUUAUACUGUAGGAAUAUUUUUUACUACAUAUAUAUUACUAUUAUACUUUAUAUUUAUAAUGAAUUGUACCUGAUACGUACCUAAACUGAUGUGAUUCCUACGUAUUUUUUAUAUUUACAAUAAUCCAGAGUUUAUUUUUAAAUUGUUUUCAUCGUUUCAUAUUUUAUAUCCCUGGUUUCCACUUAUAUAUUGACUCCGUUAUGUGCUUCCCGUAUAAGUUCUGCGGGAUUAUAUACAAUUUGUUUUUUGUAUAGGACACUCGGAGAAAUAUAAACCUGUCCUCACAAACCGUUAGUUGUCAGUGAGGUCAGAUUUAUCUUUACUUGUCUGUACAUACAAAAACAAAAAUGAUAUGACACCCGCAACGAUUGUGUUUUUGUUCUAAGCCUUAUUGUGGCUAAUAAUUUCUUGUACAACCUACUACAAGUCUUCUAUCUCAUACUGCAGCCGUACCAUACUAUGGUCUAUAUCGAUUUUAAUAAUACCCAUUUGGGCUAAGAUUAUAGGAACAUUUACCCGUUUUGGGCUAAGAUAAAACGACAUAAUAUUGCAUGCGUAUAAUACUCCCCAUUUUGAAUGUGUAGUUUUAAAAAUAUCAAAUCCGAAUUAUACUCCGCAGGAGUUAAUGUUCUAGUAGGUAUAUCUAAUUCCGGUGUCUAUUAUCAAAUUGAAAUAAGUUCAUAUUGAUGUCAAUCUUUAAUGAAUAAUAUUGUAUUUAUUAUAUUUACUUUAUUCGUGUACUAUGAAAAUAAAACGUACAAAUAAAAAUUACUAUUGUAUUGUUUCAUUUAC